AGUACUCGGUUUAGUAUAUGCCAGACAUACGUCAAUGCGUUGCGAUAGCUAAAUACGUAGAUACAGAAAUCGGAAGCGAAAGCGUCUGCGAAAUUUGAAGUGAAUUUUUAAAAAAUAGUUAUUAAAGAUAUUUUGCAAUAAAUAAAGCGAAAUGGCAUACGUUAAUAUGAAUGAGCAGAAUCCACCUCAAUCUUCACAAUAUGGUUGGAAACCUAAUGAUCCAGUGCCUCAAGCCUCUACAAGCAGUGGACCUGCCCCACCGUACAUCGAUCCAGAAGACUUACAGCCAAAAAAUUUCGCUUUCACUGAUGAGAGUAUACGUAAAGGAUUUUUACGUAAAGUCUAUCUCAUACUUAUGGCUCAACUAACUUUUACAUUUGGUGUGGUAGCAUUAUUCGUUUUUCAUGAACCAACUAAGCAAUUUGCGCAACGUAAUCCCACUAUACUAUUAAUUGCUUGUAUUACUACUCUGGUAGUGGUCAUAGCUAUGGCUUGUUGUGAAAAUGCGCGUCGCUCAUUCCCUACGAACUUUAUAUGUCUGGGCAUAUUUACGGCUGCAGAAUCAUUUCUAGUUGGAUCUGUUGCUAGCGUUUAUGAUUCCCAAGAGGUGCUUAUGGCUAUUGGAAUUACUGCUGUCCUAUGUUUAGGUCUAACAAUUUUUGCCAUGCAAACAAAGUACGACUUCACCGCUUGCGGUGGUUUCCUAUUAGCUGCCUUACUUUGUCUUAUGAUCUUUGGAUUUGUGGCCAUCUUUUGGCGUAGCCAUCUCGUCAGUACCAUAUAUGCCAGCUGUGGUGCUCUCUUAGCUUGCAUAUUCCUUAUAUAUGAUACGCAAAUAAUGAUGGGUGGCAAACACAAAUAUAGUGUCAGCCCUGAAGAAUAUAUAUUUGCUGCUUUGAAUUUAUACAUGGACGUUGUAAGAAUCUUUUUGUAUGUUUUACAAUUGAUUGGUAAUAAAAAAUAAGUACAAGUACUAGUCCAAACUAAAAACAGUAAAUAAUGAAAUUAUGCAAAAUUUUUGAAUUUAUAUACAUUUUUAUAUAUAUUUUUGCUUAAGUGUUUAAACUAAAAUAUUGUUUAUAUUCGAAUAAUAGAAUUUUUUGAAAUUAUUUAUUUUUCAUUAUAUUCUAUAUGCAUAUUGUGUAAAAUGUCAAAAGUCGAAUACCGUAUUGUGUAUGUAUACGUUUUACUUAAAAAAAAUGACGUAUGUAUGUAUUAUGUUUAUAUAACUGUAAGGUCUUUAAUGUUACUAAUAAAAAGGAAUUUAAUGUGAAUGUA